AUGGAAUCUCACAAUAUAACCGUCGCAUCUAUCGCUGCUAGGGUUCACCAAUUUUGGAAAUCUAAAGAACCAUUUCGCAUCUACCACGGUUCGACAAACAGCACGCGACAGUCUCAGCAUGCUCACCACAACACUGUCAGCACCGCGUCUUUAACCAAUGUCUUGCAUAUUGACCGCGACGCCAAAACGGCACUCGUCGAGCCUAACGUCCCCAUGGACCAGCUCGUCCGGGCCACGACUCAAUCUGGUCUUGUACCGCUGGUAGUCAUGGAAUUCCCCGGUAUCACCGUCGGUGGUGGAUUCUCCGGGACCUCGGGUGAGAGUAGCUCUUUUCGGCAUGGGUUUUUCGAUGCUACUGUUAAUUGGGUUGAGAUUGUCCUGCCGGAUGGAGAGAUUGUCACUGCGUCUAAGGAUUCCCACCCUGAUCUUUUCUGGGGUGCUGCGUCGGCUUUUGGAACUUUGGGCGUUGUCACCCUUGUUGAGGUGCAGCUCAGAGAAGCCAAGCCAUAUGUGGAAUUGGCGUACCAUUCCCUUUCGAACAUGGAGGAGGCACUGCAGACUGUUCGGGAUGCCACAAAGGACUCUUCUAUCGAGUAUCUAGAUGGGAUCGUGUAUGCGAGAGAUCACAUCAUCAUAUGCGCGGGACGGUUGACAGAUACCCUGCCGGAGAACACGCAGCCACAGCAGUUCACCCGUUCAUGGGACCAGUGGUUUUAUCUGCAUGCUCAAAGAACCACCAAAUAUAAUACCAAGACUAAGAUUGACUAUAUCCCCCUUGAAGACUAUCUUUUCCGCUACGACCGAGGCGGUUUCUGGGUCGGAAGAUACGCUUAUCGAUACUUCCUCACCCCCUUUAAUCGUAUUACGCGCUAUCUUCUGGACACUUUCAUGCAUACGCGGGUGAUGUAUCACGCUCUGCAUGAGAGUGGUCACUCAAAACAGUACAUUAUCCAGGAUGUCGCAGUGCCGUACGCCGGUGCGACCGAGUUCAUCGAUUGGUUAGACGAAAAGGAGAAUUUUGGCGCGUAUCCAAUUUGGCUGUGUCCAUUGCGGCAUUCUCCUGGGCUAAUGGCUCGGGGAACUGCAUCUUUCGACAAAACAGAUGGGAAAGAUGUUUCCAGUACAGGGACUGAAGAUGAUGAGUAUCUCAUGAACUUCGGCCUCUGGGCUCCUUCCUACGCGAACAAUGUCACAGAGUUCAUCGCCAAAAACCGGCAACUGGAAGGCAAAGUCCAUAGCUUGCAUGGCAAGAAGUGGCUAUAUGCCCACGCCUAUUAUACAGAGGAUGAGUUCUGGUCCAUCUACGAUAAGAAGAAGUAUGAUGCUCUCCGCGAGAAAUACCAUGCGUCUCAUCUGCCGAGUCUUUUCGAAAAGGUACGAGUUGACCUGCGACCGCAGGCACAGAAUAACCAGGAGCUGGGAUGGAUUGGUUGGGCGAAGAACACAGUUUGGGACACGUGGCCAGUGAGUGGGUUGUAUGGUGUUUACAAAGCGUGGCGCGGAGGGGAGUAUCUCAUCAAGAAAUGA